CUGAGGGGCGGCGGGAGCCCCGGCCUGGCAGCACGUCUUCAAGUUUCCACCCGCGCGUGGUUGUGCAACAGCCAGAGGAGCGGGAGCCGCGGGCGCCUCGGAAAACAAGCCGAGCCAUAAACAAAGCCACGUGGGCUCCGGCGGGGGGGCCGGGCUAAGAGCAGGCGGCUCUUCCGGCAACAAAGGGCUGGAGCCAGCGGCCCGGGAUAAAUACUGCGGCGGCGACCGCGGCGCAGCACUCCGGCCAGCCCCGCGCGCCCUGCGACCCUCCUCAGCGCCGCGCACUCUGCGAGCACGGACACUCGGCUCCUCAGCCCCGAGCCCUCAGCCCUCCACGCCGCUUCCCUGCAGCCGUCCCCUCCCCGGCCCCUGCACCCCGAGCACCCGCCCGGGGCGGCACUUCCCCGAGGCCGCCCAGGCGGUCCGAUCCAUCAGUCCGUGGAUCCCGUCGCGUCGCCCCCGGUGCCAUGCCAUUCCUCGGGCAGGACUGGCGGUCCCCUGGGCAGAGCUGGGUGAAGACGGCCGACGGCUGGAAGCGCUUCCUAGAUGAGAAGAGCGGCAGCUUCGUAAGCGACCUCAGCAGUUACUGCAACAAGGAAGUAUACAAUAAGGAGAAUCUUUUCAACAGCCUGAACUAUGAUGUUGCCGCCAAGAAGAGAAAGAAGGACAUGCUGAAUAGCAAAACCAAAACUCAGUAUUUCCACCAAGAAAAAUGGAUCUAUGUUCACAAAGGAAGUACUAAAGAGCGCCAUGGAUAUUGCACUUUGGGGGAAGCUUUCAACAGGCUGGACUUCUCAACUGCCAUUCUGGAUUCCAGAAGAUUUAACUACGUCGUACGGCUGUUGGAACUGAUAGCAAAGUCACAGCUCACGUCCCUGAGUGGCAUCGCCCAAAAGAACUUCAUGAACAUUUUGGAAAAAGUGGUACUGAAAGUCCUCGAAGACCAGCAAAACAUCAGACUGAUCAGGGAGCUGCUGCAGACCCUCUACACGUCCUUGUGUACGCUGGUGCAAAGAGUCGGCAAGUCUGUGCUGGUCGGGAACAUCAACAUGUGGGUAUACCGGAUGGAGACGAUCCUACACUGGCAGCAGCAGCUGAACAACGUCCAGAUUACCAGGCCUGCCUUCAAAGGCCUCACCUUCACCGACCUGCCUUUGUGCCUACAACUGAACAUCAUGCAGCGGCUGAGUGAUGGGCGUGACCUGGUCAGCCUGGGCCAGGUGGCCCCCGACCUGCACGUGCUCAGCGAGGACCGGCUGCUGUGGAAGAAACUCUGCCAGUACCACUUCUCAGAGCGGCAGAUCCGCAAGCGAUUAAUUUUGUCAGACAAAGGACAGCUGGAUUGGAAGAAGAUGUAUUUUAAACUUGUGCGAUGUUACCCACGGAAAGAGCAGUAUGGAGACACCCUUCAGCUUUGCAGACACUGUCACAUUCUUUCCUGGAAGGGCACUGACCACCCGUGCACGGCCAAUAACCCGGAGAGCUGCUCCGUUUCCCUUUCACCCCAGGACUUUAUCAACUUGUUCAAGUUCUGAAUCCCAGCAUGUGACAACACUUCCGAAGGGUUCCCCCAGCUGAUCGGAUGGCUGGGAAUAUAGAGCUUGGACACUUCAUUUGUAAAUAGUGUACAUUUGAAACGUUGGCUCAAAACUUCUGAGCUAAGUCACUGAGAGGACUUGGAAGGGGAGAGAUGCAGUUGCCGACUGGGAGUUUGAGAAUAUGGACUGCUCGUUAGAACUGGUAUGGAAAAGCAGAAAUACUGUAAAUAAACUUUUUUCCUAACUAUUUGCCGGCAAGACUGUAAGGGCAGGAAUUCAGUUGCAUCGGUGAAAAUGGAAUUCUCCUCGUGUUCACUGAAAUUUCUUGGUAGUUCCCUAGGGAUGUGGAAGAAAAGGGCAGAACUCGAAUGCAAGACAGAACACUCUGUUUACAAUGUGAAAAUUUGCUUAAAGAAAGAGAAGAUGGCGACAUACGCGAAAUCCCUGCGCUUUGGUUUCGAUUGGGGGGGGGUGUUUUAAAAAGGCAAAGGAAGCACCACCCAUCUUAAACCUGUGUGGGCAUAGGGCCUUCUCUUGCGAAUAUAUCACACAAUAGUCUACCUCGGAAAGGAGGCAGUGCUCCCUUCGACAAAGUGCAUUGUCCAGUAGGCAGUGUCCUUUUUUUCUUGGUUUUUCAUCACAUGAAAGUGGUUUCAAUAGGAAGGGAUCCUGGAGGCAAUCCUCAUCAUGUUUCAGACUUCCUUUUUAGGCGAAUAGGCACUCUUUGGAGUUGCCUCCUUUCUAGAACAACUCUACAGCACAUAUGCCUUUUUUCUUCCUUUCAUACUGUAGCUCAUUCGGGGCAGCAUAAGUCCCAGAGGAAGUCCUACCGCAGAAAAGAUAGAAUGAGUCACCCAAUAGCUGUGAAGACUUUCUUAUUCCUGUUUAACUUCUCAGCUUGUCUGGGCUUCCCAGAAUAUCUUCACGGAUAAGCGACUUAUCUGUGGACUGCUGGGAGCCAGAGUGCUGAUAAAGGCUUGUAAAACAGGUUUUACGUAUCAGUUAAAUGUUGCACUAGCUGCUGUCCCUCGUGGCAGGUGAUGAGCCGAGGAGCUUUCUUUUCUUUAUGCCCAACAUCAAAUUUUACUCAGCCUAAGCUAGGACUUCUUGAGAGGAUGACAAGAUGAAGCCUGGAGUUCUAAUCAUAGGGAACAGCAGUACUGUGAGUUCAUCCCUAAACUUGCUCCACACCCCUGGGGAUCUUGCUAGGCAAAUUUCACCAGGUAACUGUGGAAGAAAGGAAAUCUCAGGACUUCAUGAGUUCAUUGUCAAAUAUUCCUGGGAUGGGGUAGGGGAUGUUUUUGGUUUUGUUGUUUUUUUUUUACUUUUUAUAGAACUUUGCUUUUCUACAACAAUGUACAUAUUUUGGCAGUUGUAUUUGCUUUGUGCUUUUCUUCUUCUUUUGCAAAUAAAGUUGCCACCCUGCAUGCCCUUGGCAAAUAAGUGAAGCAGAAAUAGGAACUUGCUCACAUUCACGGUGAAGAACAGUGUAUCCUUAGGGGUUGAACGUCAGGGUGGACUGGGGAGGGAAAAGAUGGGUAAGCAUGUACAGAAACCAGCUGGCGAUGCACAGCCCCUUCCUGCCUUCCCUCAGGCACAGCCCCAGGACCAGCACGCUGCAGAGAAGUCAACUCUCCGCCAACCCUCCUCACUUUACAGUGUCUGUGCCUACACACCAGGGUGUCUCCAUGUUUCUUUUCACUAUCUCCACCCCCCCAUCAGAAGAAAAAAUUAAAUUGCAUUUAAAUUCUUCCCACUGAGAAGAAUUACACAUUAAAGAAUAGGAUCUUGUUGGGUAAGGUUGAGCCCAGAGCCCCUAUAAUACCUAAUGGGAUUUUUUUGCUCUCUCCUCCCCCUGAGUCAAAGUCACACUGAGAAUGCAGGGCCUAUAGAUGGUGGAAAAAAAUACUAGCACUUCUAGAAUUUCAGACAACUUCUCUCAAAGGUCUCAGCUUCCUGAAAGAUGUGGGGCAGAGCUGGGUUGAUUGUUAUGGUGAGAUCUCUGGAACCUUUGACUCUGACAUUUUUAGGGUAGGCGUUCAUGGCCUUCCACGUCUGUCCAUCAACUCGUGACCUCCACCCCUUCACGCUGAUCAGGGAGGUGGAAACUCCCAGGCACCCUCAGGUCUGCAGUCCCAGAAAUGUUGCCUGCUUUAGACCGUCAGCACAAAACUGGCAAACCAGUCUCCUUUGGACUAUCUGCAAUGCCCGCGAUUCACGUCCUACCCCAGGCAGCGAGGCGCAUCUGUGCAAGAUGACCCCUACCACAAGGGGUAGGGUGAUGGUUUUCUGAGAUGUUUCCCUUGACGGUGCCUCCGGGUUCUACCCAUCUCUGUUGGCAUUUUGGGAGGUGGUGUGUGACAGAGUCGAGGAAAAUUUUUAAGGAAAAGAGAAGAAACCAACAUUUGUGGUUCUCUUUCAUUGGCAGAUGAGACUAAGAAAGGAAAUGGCAGGUGGAGAGGGAUGGGGGAAGGAAUAGAAAUGGCCGAUCUUUGAUGCUGUGGUUUGUGUGAAGGCAAGGAGAAGAGAGCGUGUGAGAGCACCUGUGUUGGCACCACAUGGCAGCUGUUAAGCAUGGCCAGAGCCUCCUAUAUAAGUAAAGUGAGUGAAAAAGAAAAUUCUCGUUCCCUGGGCACUAAUCUUCUUUAGAAUUUCUAUUGGCAAACCCUCUGGGAACAACCUCACCUAAAAAACAAAAACAAAGAAUCCCUGUCUCAAAACUGCUGGUCUAAAAGCCAGAGGGACAGGACAAUGGAAAUUGCUGGAAGAGAUAGAAGCCUCCCCUCUUUGCUGUACCUACCUAACCACUCCCACCCCUGUAAUGUAGAAUUUGAAAUUGAUGUCAACCAUGAAGUAAUUUGGACUUCCAGAGAAGGAAGGAGGGUGCCCAGGGCAAUGUGAGUGAGCCCAAGUCCACAGGGAUGUUAGGUAUGAUCAGGUCCAGCGUAAAGGUGUAUAAGCAAGGAGCCCAGAGUGUCCUAAGAGUAAGGCACAACAUUGAGGGAAAGAAUACGUGAGUGCUCACUUCAUAGCAAGAUCCAGAAAAAAGUCCAAUGACAUCUUCAACUACAGUGCAUGAUUACUUAAUGCUAUUACUUUGAGUAGAUGGAUCAGUAGCUUGGGAAGGCGAGUGGCAAAACUACAGAGUGAAAACAUCCCCAGGGUGCCAGUCGUGAGACGGCAUUUGCUUAGUGAUGAUCACUUUUACACUGAGGUGGCCUGGAGGAGCUAUUUGAGGUGGGCUGGGCUGAUACUGCAUAACACUCAGUACAACAGUGGGCUUGGCUGGGUGAUGGAGAAGUAAGGUAACAAGCAGGUCUGAGUUACUGCCACGAUUCUCUGUGGAUUCAAAAAGCGUUUUUCAUGAGGAGCUUACAAUUUAACAGAGGCUCCUUUUUUCUGUUGUUUCUGUGUGGGAGACGAGGGAGAGCUUAGAAUUUCAUCUGUUUAAGCAAGUGGUGUGAUUUACAAGGUCAAUCAUUUCAAGACAUGUUCAACAAUAUAUCGUUUGUAGCAUUGAAUACAAUGUUUAUCAUAAAAUACGCACCUGAGUUUAUAUUUUUCUGCCAGGCUAUAGGGCAAUAAUGUUUUGCUAUGCACUCUAUUUUAUGUGUGAAUUUUUUUAACUGUAAUUUUAUGUGUGACUUUUUUUUUAACUAAACUAUAUCAACAUUUUCUAUGUGGACAUCUGGGUGUGUGUGUGUGGUUUUUUUUUUUUUUUUUUUUAAUCUGUUUCCAACUAUCUGAGUCUGUGAACCAUCCUCCUGACUGGAUGCUGGCCUAAAAUCCUAGUGUUUAAACAGACCUCAGAAACACCCCAAACCUCUAGACAAAUGCAAAGACAUGGCUCUUUGAUAUAUCUUGGGCUCUUGAUGUCUUCAGUAAACAAGAUCAUAAUUCCUUUAAACUCAACAUUUUCUUUAGAUGCUUUCUUCUCUGUUUUGUUAAAGAGAGUAAACCCUCCGUGGCUUCCCAAAGGAAGGAAACUCCCAUCCGAGACUUUAGUGCUGGAAGGGCAGUUGAAGAUGUUGAAGAUGGUGGAGUCUGGAAUUCCUUCUGCCUUUCAGCAUGAGGUAGUGGGUCCAGAAUAUUCGGGGGACAUGUCUGAGUCCAUGUGGUACUCAGUGGUAGACCUGAGUAUGAACCCGGGACUUUCU